UUCCUUUACAAAUACCAGAAGCAUAGACAUUAAGGGAGUGCACAAGACAAGUGCUUGGAUAAUGAGUCUGUGCCUGUCACUCACUCACAGGCAUUACCGAAGGGGCGGAGGCCAAGCCCCCAUGCCCAGCGAACGGGAUGCAGAUCGAUUCAGGAGAAACGGAAAUACUCAGAAAAGCGGUCGAGGACUAUUUCUGCUUUUGUUACGGUAAAGCCUUGGGGACGACAGCAAUGGUGCCUGUUCCGUACGAGAAGAUUCUGCGAGACCCUGGGGCUGUGGUUGUGCAGGGGCUUCCAGAAGGCAUGGCCUUUCAACACCCUGAGAACUACGGUCUCGCCACCCUGAAAUGGAUCUUGGAGAACAAAGCGGGGAUUUCAUUCGUCAUAAACAGACCUUUCCUAGGUCCAGCGAGUCAGCUAGGUGGGCCUGUGGUGGCCGCAGAUGCUAAGAGGUCGGUGACAUCGCCAAGCGAAAGCUGUGGCCCCAUCAGUGUGAAAACUGAGCCCAUGGAAGACACGGGCACGGCGGAGAAAGAGGGGGCUGUGUCCGUCAAGAAGGAAUCAGAAGAUCCUAAUUACUAUGGAUAUAACAUACAAGUCUGUUCCCUAAAUUACUGGGAAAGUAUCAGAAGUUAAAAGACAUGAAUAUGAGAGUGAAGAAACUCAGGUGCCCGUUCUUAAUAUUUGCUUCAUUGACAUCGUACAAGUUAAACGGGGAACAGAAGACACAGAUGACCGGAGAUGCACACUUGUCACACGGGGGCACAGGAAGGUGGUCCAUGUAGUUGCCUGGCUAGGGCCUCUCCCCAGAGACCAGAAUCCUGCUGGACCCCCCAGCGUGAUACCAGUUUGGCGACAGGACGUUGUAGCAUCCACGUGAGCAUUGCAAGCAUCCGGAUCCUGUCUCGUCUUUGACUCCUCUGUGAGUGCAGGCAGACUGUGGGACAAUUCGCAAUUAAUUCCUCAAACAUGACCAGGUUUGAAAUGUUUCCUACAGAAAUCUUACCUUUGAAAUACUCCUGCAACAUUACUGAGCUCCGUAACUUAUAGUAAAAAAAACUUUUUCAAAAACUAAA